AUGAUCACGACCCGGCGCAGCGCCAAUCUGGGCGCCAGGCAUUCCAACGCAAUGGAGGACACCGACGAUCCAGCAGAAAGCCCGUCGCGACCGCGCAACCCGCCGUACCUGCCGACCCCGAUGGAGAGACUCGUUCUCUUGCUGUUCCCCGCCAUCCUCCUCUUUGGGACCAUUUUUUCCGUCGUUUCUCCACAAACCCGCUCCGCUCCCUACGAUCCAAUCACCCAGUCGCACCCGCAGGAUGCCGACGCGGCCCCGAGCUACUUUGCUCGCAAGUCCAACGUCUUCAACGUCUUCUUCGUCAAGCGCGGCUGGGGGUGGACCACGUUUGCGUUCUACUUCUUCCUCCUGACCCACCCCAGCGGCGGCGUCAGCUGGCUGGACGUCAACCCAAGGCGACUUCGAGGUAUCCUGCGUUGGGCGGCCGUGACGGGCUGGUGGUUCCUCGUCACGCAAUGGUGCUUCGGCCCGCCCGUGAUCGACCGCGGGUUCCAGUGGACCGGGGGAAAGUGCGACCUGGUGGAGCAAAAGCUCGGCGCGGGCGGCCCUGACGACGCUGAUGUCGCGGAUGUCUUGACGGCUGUGGCCUGUAAGGCAGCUGGCGGCAAGUGGAGAGGCGGGCACGACAUCUCGGGGCACGUGUUCCUGCUUGUUCUCGGAACGGCAUUUCUGAUGCAGGAACUGGGCUGGGCGGUCGGCCGGUGGCACGCGGCGUCGGUCGAGGAGAGAUGCGUCGUCAUGGCCGACGGAGCCGUGAAGAGCGCCAAUGUCGAGGCCGACCCGGGUGCCGGCCACAGCCGGGGUCAGCACUCGCUGGGCGUUGGCGGCAAGACUGCGUCGGCUGUUGCCGGGUUGAACCUGUGGAUGCUGUUGAUGACGGGCAUUUACUUCCACACGUGGUUUGAAAAGCUGACGGGACUGCUGACUGCUCUCCUGGGGGUGUACAUUGUCUACAUUGUCCCUCGCUUUGUGCCUGCCGUAAGGAGCAUACUGGGGAUGCCUGGGAUAUAG